AUGGGCAUCGCCAAUGUUCCAUCAUCCACCGGUAAAGCGACCCUAUCAAACCCCGACAUUGAACCAAAGGCUGUCAUCCCUACAAGCAGGAGCCUUGCAUCAGUGACGCCCUUUCGCCAGCUGGUCUUCCUCUAUAAGCUCUUCUUCUCCAGAAAGUUCAUUGUGCACCGCAUUGUCGGCCUGAUUUAUCUGAUACAAUGGUUCACCUCACUCUAUCUAUAUUCCUUCAAAUACAAGACCUACUACAACUCGCCCCUAAUCUGGGCUCUGCCGCUGACAGGAAUUUCGCAGAGUGUCGUCGCAAUCUGGACCUUCACCUUUCUGCCCAAGAAUAAGAAGGAUGGUGGAUAUUUUGGCGACAAGUCUAUUAUGUCGUAUCCAUUCAUUAUCGAGAACUCGUUCUUUGCGUUGCUGAAUAUGUUUCAGUUCAUGUACUUUAACGAUGCUUACUAUCCGUGGAUUGUCAAGAGUUUUGUUGUCGAGCAGUGCUUUGUCUUUUUCCCCUACUUUUUACGAUACCUAUGGCCCAAGACCAGCUUUAGAGACUCUGUUGACAAUACCAGGAAUCGCUCUGUUGCACAAGGGGACUUUUUCAAAUUGGCUAUAAUGGUGACCAAGAUCUUUUAUGUCUGGGCAAAGCACUAUAUUGGGUUCUUCCUCAACUAUGCGAGAUUCCUCAACAGGAUUGACGAAUACCAGGCUGCUUGCGUGUAUCAAGUCGCUAUAUUUGGGGCGUCUGCUAUUACAAUCUCAAUCUUUCUGCAAACUCUCAAGUUUAAAGGAUACAUUGGAGCCAAGACCUCAUUCGUCCUCUACUUUCUCUCAUACAUGGGAACGUUUUAUGGAUUCGCCCAAAUGUUCCCAAUCUUUUACGAAAACAUGGACUUGACGUUAAUUUGCGCGGUCGGCACGGCAAUCAAUUUUUUGCCUACGCCGGUACAAUGGGCAUACCAGAUCUUGCUGUUUUUCUUGCUUAAUAAUGCUAGACAGAGUGGGCUUCCCCUUCCAGAUUAUUUUGCUACUCUCGUUGCCGCAAAGACUGGUCUUGACUGGCAAGAGUGGGUCUAUAAUGGAUCCGUCCAGAUAAAAUCAGUGGUGGACGGACUUGGACUUGACUUUUGGACUACUGCUUCUGCUUAA